AUGUCGGGCGCCUCGUCUCGCCUUCCCGUGUUUUUUGUCAACCAUGGCGGAGGACCGUUCCCAGUGCUGGGAGAAGAAGGUCACGCCUCCCUGACCAACUCGCUGAGAAGCUUCGGCAAGAAGUUUGACCCCGUCAAGCGGGGGGUCAAAGCCAUCCUUGUCAUCUCUGCUCACUACGAAGCUUCCGUUCCCACCUUGACAAGUGCCAAGAGCCCGAGCUUGCUCUACGACUACUACGGUUUCCCUCCUGAGUCGUAUGAGAUCAAGUACCCUUGUCCUGGUGCUCCAGACGUGGCGAAGAGGAUCGAAGCUCUGCUGAAAGAGGCAGGGAUCUCAGUCGCUUUUGACGAGAAGCGCGGCCUCGACCAUGGCGUCUUCAUCCCGCUCAAGCUCAUGCUCCCCUCCGCCGAAUUCCCUUGCCUGCAGAUCUCUUUGCACAAGAGCCUGGACCCGGCUUAUCACCUCAAGCUGGGGAAGGCCAUGGCGCGGUUGCGCGAGGAAGGUGUGCUGAUCAUCGGGAGUGGGAUGACAACCCACAACAUGCAGGGGCUCAUGUCGCAAGACAUGAAGAGAGAUCAGAACCUCGCGUUCGAUCGUUGGCUCAUCGAGUCCUGCAAGGCUGUGGAGAAGGAAAGAGAGACUCGAUUCAUUCAAUGGAAGACAGCUCCAGGAGCUCUCUACAAUCAUCCUAGGGAGGAGCACCUCGUUCCAUUGUUCGUCUGUGCGGGAGCUGCAGAAAGUGACGCAGGUCAAAUUUUGUUCGCCGAUGACAUGUGGAGCGCGCGAGUGACUUCCUUUCAGUUUGGCGAGUAG